AUGGCGCAGCAUGCGCACCGUGCGCUGUGCCAGCGCGCCCUUGCGCGGUUCCUGGGCGCCAGCCGGGAGGAGGCGGAGGAGGCCUCGCUGCUCGCCCUGAGGGCUGCGGCCCUGGCGUGCAUAGACAGCCUGUGGGCCGACUUCCUGAAGGUGGAAAGGGGGAAGAUGUUCGCACAUGGCGCUGGCGGGAUACAUGCUGACAGGGAACUGCCUCGGGACCGACCACUCCCCCAACUCUACCAAGCAUGCCCCACCACACAGAACAUGGAGACCCUGGCCGCCGCCGCCAUGGUCCGCGCCUUCUCUCGCCGAGACCCCUGGGAUGAGUUCAAGCUAGAGACGUCUGCCCUCUUCAUGCUGCUGCUUCAAGAUUUCAGGCAGCAACUGGUGGUGGCUUCCUUCCACACCUUGGACUUAGGGGGAAUCCCAGUCCCGGCCGAGAGCACAGGAGCCACUUUGCAUGGCUAUUCUGAAAAGUCGAAUGACACAGUUCCGGACCAGGCCUUGCAGCCUUCCUGA